AUGGCAUUCCAAUACGUACUAACCUUCACACUUUUGGUAGUAGAAAUGGCUCUCUUUGCGCUAAUUUCAUUCCCUCUGCCAUCCAAAUUCCGUCGUCCCUUGUUACAAACGCUAUCAACGCCCUUCAAUUCACCCCAAGUUCAAAUGGUUUUGAGAUGCGUGUUUGUCUUCAUUGGUAUUAUGUUUGCAGACUCGGUCAAUAGGACUAUGAAGGUGGGAAACGAAUUGGCUGGUGAUUUGGUCACUGGUGGUGUCACAAGAGCUGAAAUUCAGUCGAGAAAGUUCUAUUCCCAGAGAAACAUGUACCUCUGUGGAUUUACCUUAUUUUUGUCUCUCAUUUUGAACAGAACCUAUAAGAUGGUGUUCGCUUUACUUGCAAUGAAAGAAAAGGAAAGUAAGUUGAUGAAUGAAAGUAAGGUUGAUGAAAAACUACACGAGGAAAAUGAAAAAUUAAGGUUAAAGAUCAAAGAGUUGGAAAAAGAAAAGGAAAACUUACUCAAGAAGUCCAAGGCAUUGUCUGAUGAAUAUUAA